GACUUGGCGUCGAAUAUCAAAUGAUCUCUAAGAACACUUCAUUAGAUGAUUUCAAACAAAAUGAACGUGUUUAAUUAACUAGUGUGCUGUGAAACUUGUGCGCAAUGGGUGAUAACACGAUAAACACGAUUCUGAACGAUAUUCUGAAAGUGGAAGGCAUUGAAGAAGCCUUCAGUUGUUUCCUCGUGCACCGACCGGCGAACGAAGCGGACAAACUCAACGUCUACCUGCAGGAGUUAACCGGCUCGCUGAAGAACACCAACAGCGAUGUGCAGGAAAAUGCGGUGCGACAAGUUCUGUUUGUGGCGAGUACCAGCUCAUACAGUCAGCUGCAACUGCUCAUGGAGUUGCUGGAGCAGUUGAUAAAGACCCAAGCAUUACCAGCAAGACUUACCUGUGAGACAAUUGUGAGCUAUGAUAAACUCACUUAUCAGAAUCAGGAUUUCUGGCUGGAGUGUUUUGCAUUGCUCAAAAGGGUGAUUGACUUGGUUGAAUAUAAAGGGGUUAGGGAGAUUAUGAAAGGUUGCUGUGAACGAGCAAAAAGCCUCCCGAAACUCCUAAAUGCAGGCCUCCAACCACAAACAAAAGCCCUUCUUGAACUCGCUGAUAAAAUCAUGGAUCGCAACGUCUGCCUACUCCCUGGCUACCUUCUCGUCAACGAAUUACAAAAAGCCUACCCUGAUUGCCCACAUUGGAGACUCUCAUCACUAUUCUCAACAUACAUCGACAGUUUCCGCGCAUGCGCUCAAAUGGUCUCCAUCGUCGGUCAGGCAGAAAUGCGUCCUGUCGUAGAACACAGCGGAUGUCCUGAACAUCUCGUCAAUCCUUGGAAAUUAGACCCAAUCACACUGCGUUUUACCCUAAAAGGAACCCUUCCAUACACCAAUGACCUUAUGUCUAAACAAACCGGACUCUUAAGGUAUGUCCUUGAACAACCAUACAGCAGAGACAUGGUUUGCGGAAUGCUGGGCUUACAAAAACAACAUAAACAACAUUGCGCAGCCCUAGAAGAACAACUAGUUGAAUUAGUUGUCCUAGCAAUGGAAAAGAGUGAGAUUGAAGGAGCAGACACACAAGGAUUGUGGCUCCAUCUAUCCUCACAAUUAAUUUAUUUUGUCUUGUUUCAAUUUUCGAGUUUUCCGAAUAUUGUACUAGCACUACAUGAUCGUCUUCAAGGCAGGGAUCUUAAAAAGGGACGGGAUCAACUCAUGUGGGUGUUACUACAAUUUAUAUCAGGUUCCAUCCAGAGAAACCCACUGAGUAAUUUUCUGCCGGUUUUGAGGUUAUAUCAGCUGUUAUUCCCUGAUGAUGAACCACCUCUACCAGUGCCUGAUUUCAAUCAACCGCAAUGCACGAGACAAAUGGCCAUGACUUGUAUAUGGAUUCAUUUAACUAAGAAAGCAUCAAGUGAAGGUCAUCCUGCUUGGGCUAUACCACCACGACUACGUGCACAUCAUGACUUUCUACAACAUUUAGCCCCACCGCUUGCGAUGGGUCCAGAUUAUCGGAUAGCAUUGUUAUGUAAUGCUUAUUCUACUAAUCAGGAUUACUUUAGUAAACCUAUGGCUGCUUUGGUUGAGACUAUUCAGGGAAGUGCCAAGUCCGCAGCGCCACCUACAGCACCACUUAGCAUGGCGGUGCUGGAUUCAUUAACGGUGCAUUCAAAGAUGUCGCUGAUACAUAGCAUAGUCACACAUGUUAUUAAACUAGCACAGACUAAAUCAGGCCUGCCGCUUGCGCCUGCGCUGGUGGAAACAUAUAGCCGACUAUUGGUUUAUACAGAAAUUGAAUCCCUGGGUAUCAAGGGUUUUAUUAGUCAGUUAUUGCCGACUGUUUAUAAAUCACAUGCAUGGAACACUCUGUAUACACUUUUGGAGAUGUUUAGUUAUCGUAUGCAUCAUAUCCAUCCGCAUUACAGAGUGCAGUUGUUGAGUCAUUUGCAUUCGCUUGCUGCUGUCCCGCAAGCAAAUCAAACUCAACUACAUCUUUGUGUUGAGUCGACUGCGUUGAGGUUAAUCACUGGUUUGGGCAGUGCUGAAGUACAACCGGAAUUAUCACGUUUCCUUAGUGAACCCAAGACGUUGGUUUCAGCUGAGUCUGAAGAAUUGAACCGUGCGUUAGUUUUGACAUUAGCUAGAGCCACGCAUGUCACCGGACCCGAUGGUACUUGGUGUUUGGAUUUACUUACGACGAUUGCGCAGAGUACACCGCAUGCAUGGGCACCACACACACUGGAAUGUUUCCCGAAAGCGUUGGCUGAUUUCUUUUCACAGAAUCAAGUCGCCAGGGAAAAUAAACAACAACUGAAGAAAGCUGUGGAGGAAGAAUACAGGAAAUGGGCUUCGAUGAAUAACGAAAAUGAUAUUUUAGCGCAUUUUGGUGUGCCGGGUGCGCCGCCAUUGUUUUUAUGUUUGGUUUGGAAGAUGUUGCUUGAAACAGACCACAUUACACCUAUUGCGUAUAAAAUCCUAGAAAGGAUUGGUGCGCGUGCGCUAUCCGCACAUCUGCGUAAAUUCUGCGAUAGUUUGGUGUUUGAGUUUAGUAACUCACCAGGCGGUCAACAUGUGAAUAAAUGCGUGGAUACCAUCAACGAUAUGAUAUGGAAGUAUAAUAUCGUUACAAUAGAUAGAUUGGUUUUGUGUUUAGCAUUGCGGACACAAGAGGGUCCUGAAGCGCAAGUUUGUUCGUUUAUUAUUCAACUUGUGUUGUUGAAAGCGACAGAGUUUAGAAAUCGUGUACAGGAGUUUGUCAAAGACAACUCGCCGGAUCAUUGGAAUCAAACGAGUUGGCAUGAUCGACAUCUGGACUUUCAUCGGAAGUAUCCGGAGAAAUUUGCACCGGAGGAACAGACUGGAGGGUAUCAUCCGUAUUUUGGCAAUGUUUGCUUAAGAUUUCUGCCUGUUUUUGAUAUAGUUGUUCAUCGGUUUUUGGAAAUUCAACAGGUUACAAAAAGUUUAGAAAUCCUCCUGGAACACCUCGGUUGUCUCUACAAGUUCCACGAUCGUCCAGUGACUUAUCUCUACAACACUUUGCAUUACUACGAAGCGAAACUUCACGAUCGUCCGCCAUUGAAGCGUCGGUUGGUUGCCGCAGUAUUAGGCGCACUCAAAGAAACCCUCUCGGAACCUUAUCAAGUUUAUCUAGCGCGUGAUGAUGUCUGGAUACCUGAACUAGAUUAUUACAUACAAUUGGUAAAAAGAGUAGUUGAUACAAUAUCAGGCGCCUCACCAGCGAAUCUCACUGAUUGGCGGUUUAACGAAUUCCCCAACGCAGGCGCACAUAUAUUAUACACAAGUUGUGUAGAGUUAAUGGCGCUGAGUGCAGGUCCACCUGCAGUAGCCAACGGUUUACUUGAUGUUAUCCUAAGAGGAUACAUCGCUAUACCUACAGAACAAAUCAAUCAAUGGAUAAAUGCAGUUGGGUUGUUAUUAUCUGCGUUACCAGCGUCCUAUUGGACUGUUUUACAUGAUCGCCUGCUGGAAACAAUUGCUGAAAUGGAUCCGUAUGUAUGGGAUUCAUCUCCGUUUAGAUUAUUAGACUUUAAAGAAACACACAGAGGCAUGCUGUAUAAUAAAUUCAGCUAUAUGUUGGCGCUGGCUCAUUCCGUGUGGCAUCAUGCUGGACCGGGACAUAUUGCGAGUGUUCCUCGAUGGGUACGUGAGCGUUUACCGGAUGUUGUCCGUACGGAGGAACAGUUUCUCAUGGUGUGCCAUCUGGUGGGCCCGUUUUUAAACCGCUUCAAUAUGGCGAUUGUUGAAUUGACGCAUGCGUUGUACGAUUUAUUAGCAAAGGUAGAUCAUGCACAGAGUAAUCUGAAUCACAUGGAACCGAUUUGUGACUUGUUGUAUCAUAUUAAGUACAUGUUUGUCGGCGAUAGUAUGAAGAAGGAACUGGAGGCGGUUGUGCGCACAUUGCGACCGGCGUUACAAUUGAGGUUAAGGUUUAUUGCGCAUUUGACCAUAGAGGAAGUCAAUGCUUCCUAACAGACAUACAAACGCGUAUAAUGUUAAGAAUAAUUAUGUAUUUAAUCAUGAGGAUAAUUUUUUACUCAAAAGAUUAGAUUAAUCAUUGUCUUCAUCUGUUUCCGAAGAUGAACUUGAAGGUGGAUAGUCAACAACUAAAACAAAACUUAAUUAAUUUUUUAUAAAGUGAUGUUAUUAACUUCUAA